AUGGAAAAAGAGAAAGACAAAAAGGGCCACGGAGUCGCGCAGGUCGGCGGGUUCUUGCAGCGCCUCAAGAAGAAGGCGCAGAACAAGUUCCGCGGAGGCGACGAUGGGAACGGCGGCGUGACAGCUGAGGAGAAAUCCGUCAAGGUGAGUUCCAAGCCCAAAAACGUUGGUUUUAUGGGGCUUGCGCAAAGUUUUUGAAAUUUUCAUGUUUUCGUGGUGGGACAAAAAAAUGUUUUUUUUUUGAAACUUUGACUAAGCCUGGAAAAUACUGAAAAUCAGGAAUUUCUAAGACAUUUUCUGAGACAUUUGUGACAUUUCUCGCCGGAAUCUUGCGUAAGCCACCGAUUUUUUCGUCGCAAAUUAUUGAAAAGUUGCUGAAUUUCAAUUUUAACGAGUUUUUUUUUAGAAAAAGGAUAAUCAAAAGCAGACGCAGGCCCGUAGGAAGAAGAAUACGGCUACGAAUACUCCCAAGGAAAGCAAAUCAGAUGAUACCGCAUCCUCUAUGGUCAUGAAGAAGAAAGACCGAGAACGCGACAAAGAUAAAGAAAAAGAGAGCGGAUUGGAUGCCUCCAGAAGUGUCAAAAAGAAGAAGUGAGUUUGAUUACAAUACUACGGCAGACGUAUUUUGCGUUCAAACCACUUCUGAGGCUUUUGCAACCAUUUUGCGCCCUUGAAACAGAAUGCCAAAAAAUGGCGGGAAAUUCGAAUUUUGAAUUUCACACUAUGCCUUUUUUAGUGGGAGAUGGAGUGUUGCUAUUUUACCUUUUUUUGAAUUAAUUCGAUCCCUUUUGAGCCCUUGAAACACAAUGCCAAAUUUGGGCGGGAAGUUUAAAAUUUGAAUUCUUUGGCAUAAUUAGUACGGUAUCGAACUGAGACGGUUGUAUUUUACUCCACGCUCAUUUCCAAAGCGAUUGGAUCACCUUUUGAGCCUUGCAACAGAAUGCCAGAAUCUGUGGGAAAGCCGGAAUUCAAAACUAAAGUUUCGAUUUCAGCCAUAAAAAGAAAGCACCGAACGCCAACGUCACCGUAAUGAAGGUGGUUGAGACGGAAACCCAAAUAAAGGAGGUCCCCGAGACCGUCACCGACAAAUUCAACUUCAUUCCGACCAUGUUAAACAAGGAGUUGAGCGGGAUCCGAAAAGAAUUCAACGACAUCAAGGCCGAAGACAAGGCAAAGGUCCACAUGGCCAUGGCGUGUCAAGAUCCCGCGAAUGCGGACAAGAAUCGCUACAAGGUGAGAGAAAUCGCGGUGUUUUUGUGUUUAGAGCGCGCUUUGAAAUUUGCAUGUUUUCGUGGUGGGACUCAAAAAAAUUUUUUUUGAAAGUCAAGCCUCUUGAUGAAACUUUGGGGAAAUUUGUAAUACAAUUUUCUGAAGUAUUUGUCAAGAUUUGGGCUCUUACUGUGCAGGAAUUAUUGAGUUUUCGGCGGAAAAUCAAAAAAAUAAAAAAAAAUUUUGCGAUUUUCAGCAUGAAAAAUUUGCAUUCUACCCUAGCACAAUCUUUCUAGAAAAAAUUGCUUUUUUCUCACGUCAGGAUAAUUCGAAAAGGUAUAGCUGAAAACAAUUUUUUUUGACUCUCCUAAUUUUCCAUAGUCUCUCGUCGGGAAAAUUGUUGAAUUUCACGACUCUCCGCGAGAACUAGGCGCUCAAACUUUUAGUAAUCAGUGGUUGGCCCAUUGAGACUUGCUGUGCAAAAUUUCAAGUCAUUUGAGGCACUUGGGAUACUGUAAUUUGCACUUUUUUUCAGAACAUUCUCUGUCUGGACGCGUCGCGCGUCAGACUGUCGGAUGGGGGCUACUAUCACGCGAGUGCGGUGGAUUCGCGUUUUAUUCUGGCCCAGUCGCCCAUGUUCAACACUACCGCGCAAUUUUGGGAUUUAGUUCAGAACGAAGGAGUCGAAAUGGUCGGUUUUUAUUGUAUUAGUCAUCAAGUUUGCGAUUUGUUUGAAGAAUUUGAAUAUUUUUUAAAAUUUUUGCUUAUUUCGUUUGGUUUUCAGAUUGUGCAGUUGCAUCCAUGUGAUGAAGGAAGAAAGUGCGCUAGAUAUUACCCAGGAAAAGUAGGCGAAACCAACGACUUUGGAGUGUUCAAGGUCGCGAAUUGCAGAGUAAGUAGGCCACAAAAAAGGUACUCCGCGAACUGCGCCCAAGCUUGGGCACUAAAGCUAGGAAAAAACGCUUCGACCUAGCUGGCACUGAAUUACUAUAAUAGCUCUAUAGUUCUAAGGGUACCUACGAAGGCUGUGAUGACUCAUUUAGUUCCAUACGGAGGCAAUAAGUUUAGUUCCGGACAUGUUUCAUCGUAUAAAGUGUAAAAAUCACAGGCUGCGGCCGGUUUUGAAGGGUAAGAUGGUACGUAAAAAAGAAGGUACCUCACUAGCUAAAUCCACUGCCCGGGCAUUGACAACGAUGAAUUGAACGUGCACGCUAAAUUUGGGCUAAUACCGACCAGUUACCGUAAAGUUAUAAGUUGUGGCCAAAAUAAGGAACUUUUACCAGUUGGACCUAUUAUUAUCAACAAUUCUUGGUUUUCAGAUCGACGCCAGCCCUGUGGAGGAGCCGACCCUCCAUUUCAGUCAUCUCAAAGUUAGCGGCCCUAAGGGCGAGCAAAAAGUCAAGCAUGUUUUCUGGUCCAAUUUCCCUCCGGUGGGCUUCCCCGAGCCUUCGAACACGAUGCCCUUCCUUUGGAAGCAAAUCAAAGGCCACAGGAAAGUGUUGGUCCAUUGCAGCUCGGGCGCAGGUCGCAGCGCCGUGCUGGUUUUUACUUGCCAAAUUCUGGAAAGAAUCCAGCAUGGAGAAGAAGCGGAUGCACCCAGGAUGUUGAGGAACCUCCGGGAGAAGCGACAUUGCGCUAUCCGCAAUGAAAUGGUGGGUUGGGAGCGGGCAAAUCAGUUCGCGUUUAUAAAUCAUAACAGGUCCCCAAUUUUUUACACUCGUUUUAUUUUCAGCAGUACGUGUACGUGAUGCGCAUCAUCCUCUUCUACUUUAUGAAGUACAAUGCUGUGGAGAUGUCGCAGAAUUUGCUCAUCUUCGUCGAUGAUUUUGAUACCUAUGCCAAAAAGUUCGAGAGAGAAGAGAAGGAAAGAAAAGAAAAGUGUCCCAUUCCUGAGGCUACGGAACCCACCGAUGAAUUUCAGAAUUGA